GAAAGUGGGCAGGCUUGCUAUAAACCAGCUGUGGCAACAACAUAGCUGGAUACACUGAAGUGGUCAAUCUUGCGACGGAGAGCCUAGAGGGACAGUUUGCGCUUCAAAAAAAGGCGAAAACCGCUGCAGUAGAUCGAGGAUGGAGAGGGGAGGUGUGCUGUGAGUUAACUACAGUAGUAAAGUCAGUCUGAGGGUUUAAAGAGGCGUUAGGGAGUCAGGUUAGUCCGGAGAUCGCCCUGUUUAGAUUUCCUUAGGAAUAACGUGAGAGUGGUAAGGGGAAUUAAACAGGGAGCUGUGUGAGAUUAUGAUUAUGGUGCCGUGGAAAAGUCACGUGCGGGCCAAGCUGUUUCAGAGGGACUGUUUACAGAGAGAGCCCUUCUCUGGACUCUUUAAUAAAGUGUCCAGGUUAGAAGACAUGCUAAAUCUGCACGUGAGUUUAUUGGAGGACUUGGAAAGAAACAGUUCAAAUCAAAAUGGAAUAAAAAAGCAGGUUGAAGAAGAAGCCCCUCCAAAACUGUGUCUGGAGUUAAGAGAGGCCCAGCAUGACAGAGAAGAGCUGAUACAGAAAGUCUCAGACCUCACCAGUGUUCUUUACCUCAAAGAAGCAGAGCUGCAGUACUGUCACUCACAAGUCGCCCGAUUCCGCAGCGAAGCCGUUCUGCUGGCUAAAGGAGCGUCCUUACUGAAGGAUGAUCUGUCGGAGUAUCAGUAUAAACUGGAGUGUCAGUCUAAGGAGUUGGCAGCAUUGAGGCUGGAGCACAAGAAUCUGAAGGAGGAUCUAGCGGUUACGCGUCAGGAAAGGGAGGAGCUGCUUGAGCGCUGGUUAGAAGAGAAGAAAGAAGAGGCGGAGCGUCUUAAUAAACACAAUGCUACUCUAGAGAGAUGGAAUCGUUUUGCUGGUCGACUUAAAAAACGUCACAGUGGAGGAUGUUGUCGACAGAAGUGUGCAGCAGCUACAAAUUGCCCAAGAAUCACACAGAGACAUUCAGCUGAUCAGCCUCUGCCAGACAUAAGUGAAUGAGUAUUUAUUUAAUUCUAUUCAGUUUAUUAAGAAUGUGUAUCUCCUGCAUUUUGCUAUAGUGUCUUGGCUUGUAUGGAAUUUGUCUUCAUAAGCAGGUCUGUACUUUUACUGCAAAUGUACUGUGAAAAUAUAAUUCUUGUCAGUUGUAUUGUACAAUAAAAUAAACAAAAA